GAAAGACAAGGUGAAUCAAGGUUUUCCAUUCCCAUCCAACGGAGCCUCCAUACCUUUGCAACUGGCAUACGAAGUAUAUAUUUAUACACACUCCCUAUUCCUUCUCCGCAGAUGGAGCGGUGAUAGAAACAGCACCGAACACCAAACCUGAGACGAGAUUAUGUUGUCAUAUAUCAACACCCGUAAGAUUCUGUUCUGUCUCUGUUGUAGCCUCGGGGUAGCCGCGUCUGACGUCAAUAUUCUGCAGCCUUCCAGUAUGUUGCUGGCAUCUUGGGAGCGUCGCCAGACGAGUGUAAGUCAAUACUUGUACUAAUGUCUCUUCCUGGUGGUUUAGAGCUAAUGUAACUUUAGUAAAACUAAUAACCUCGUUUCUUCUUUCCUACCCGCUUGCUGCCCUUCUCAAACGGGUACCAGACUCGAAGCCGGCCCUCAAGAAUCUCUUUAUAAUCGGGUGAGUCGCAUAGGGAUAUCCAUAUUUCAAGUAACACCCCUCUAAUACCUCGCAGAGUAUCGACCUUCUACUUGGUCGGCUUGUUCGAUUUAUGGAGCGGCGCAUCUACUCUUGCAAUCAGCUCGGUGGGAGCUUAUUGUAUUGCACAAUAUGUGCAAGGGCCUUUUAUGCCAUGGAUUGGUUUUGUGUUUUGUAUGGGGCAUCUGUCGGUCAGCCAACUCACAAGACAAUUUGCCAAUGAUCCAGGCUCUGUGGAUAUCACGGGAGCCCAAAUGGUGCUGGUGAUGAAGCUCACGGCAUUUUGCUGGAAUGUUGCGGAUGGUCGACUUCCUGCAAGCGAUCUAAACGAUUUCCAAAAAGAGAGAGCCCUGAAGAGAUUACCCAGUUUACUUGAUUUCGCUGGAUACGUGCUAUUUUUUCCAUCUCUGUUUGCCGGUCCGGCUUUCGACUAUGUUGAUUAUAAAAACUGGAUCGAGACUACGAUGUUCGAAGUCCCAGCAGGUGUCAGUCCUGACAAGAUGCCACCUACAAGAAAGAAGAGAAAGAUCCCUCGAAGUGGAACCCCAGCUUCAUGGAAAGCGGCUGCCGGAUUACUUUGGAUUCUUGCUUUCCUCAAACUUUCCGGCAUGUAUUAUGCAGAUUUAUUGAUUGGUGAUCAAUAUAUGACUUAUGGAUUCAUUCGCCGAGUUUGGAUUCUCUACAUGCUCGGUGUAACAAGCCGUCUUAAGUAUUAUGGUGUCUGGGCUUUAACAGAGGGUUCUUGUAUUCUUUCUGGUCUUGGCUACAAAGGCGUAGAUCCAGUUACAGGAAAGGUGAGUUGGGAUAGACUUCAAAAUGUCAAUCCAUGGGGAGUCGAGUCUGCUCAGAAUACUCGAGCGUAUCUGGGAAAUUGGAAUAUUAACACCAAUAACUGGCUUCGGAACUACGUAUAUCUUCGCGUUACGCCCCGUGGGGAAAAGCCUGGAUUCCGUGCGAGCAUGGCUACGUUUACUACCAGCGCCUUCUGGCACGGGUUCUAUCCAGGGUAUUAUCUGACUUUUGUUUCCGCAAGCUUCGUACAAACCGUAGCCAAAAGUAAGUCUUGCCCCUCCGUAUUCGAUUACCGUUUCCGUUGCUGACUGAAUCUUAAAGAUUGCCGUCGUUACUUCCGUCCAUUUUUCCUUGACCCAAAAACUUCUCAACCUACUAGCAACAAAAUCUAUUAUGAUAUCGCGUCCUGGCUCACAACCCAAACGGCUUUCUGCUUCGUCACAGCACCCUUCGUUCUUUUGACACUCCCUGCAUCAUUUCUUGUAUGGGCACGUGUCUACUUCUACGCGGCCGUCGGUACAGCUCUUGCAACAGCCUUCUUUAGCUCCCCCGCAAAAGGAAUGCUGGUGAGGAAGUUAAACGCACGUGCCGGUACUCCUCAGUUGAAGAAGAGUACAUCACAAGAUAGCCUUGCGAAGCACGAGCCAGUUCUGGGUCUCCCCGCGGAACCACAACAAGAUAUCGAGGAGCUGGUUGGCGAAGUGAAAGCUGAGAUGGAGUUAAGAAAGCGUAAAAUGAACCAGGGGAGGGCGAGUACUGGUAACGGAGGGGUUGGUGGAGUUCAAAAGGCUAGUUGAGAAGAAGGGAAACGAUUAUUAAAUUGGGACCUACCGAGAUGAACCGGGAAAUAAAUAACAUAAGUAAAUCCAAGAAAAAGAACCUAU